AGGAGCCCUGGCAUUCCCCGCCACGCUUUAGCGCCGAAUUAGAAAGGAGCCCUAGGGUUUUCUGUUUCCGACCUCUGAGUCUCAGGCAAAUCAUGGGUGGAGGCAACGGUCAGAAAGCGAAGAUGGCUCGGGAGAGGAAUGUGGAGAAGCUGAAGGGUGCUAAAGGAAGUCAGCUCGAUACGAACAAAAAGGCCAUGAAUAUCCAGUGCAAGGUGUGUAUGCAGACAUUUAUGUGCACAACAUCAGAGGUGAAGUGUAAGGAACAUGCUGAAGCAAAGCACCCAAAAUCUGAUCUCCAUGCUUGUUUUCCUCAUCUCAAAAGUUGAAGUCCUUUAUGU